AUGAAGUGGGCACCAGGUGCAUUAUUUUGCGAGCAAGUUGGCGAACUUACUCGUGUAUUUUCACAGUGGAAUGAGUGUGAGCAAACAGUAGUACUGUAUGCUCUUUUACGUCGAAUACCAGCAGUGCAAGCACGGUUUUUGGCACAAGCAUUACAGCAUUCUCUUAUUGCACGAUCUGAACUCGAUACGCAAGAGCUUAAUGCCAACAAUCCAGCUUUUAUCAACUCGCUGAUGUCAGAGUGUACUGAAGUUGCGAUAAAUCAAAUACUUGCUCAUCUGCCACUGUUACGACCUGGUAAUGUUGAAUGUAAGCAGAGUUAUCUUUCGGCGAUACCUGAAUUAGUUAGCCAUUGUGUAAGCACUGGACAAUUUACUGAACAAACUCAACAGCUCUUGAGUUAUACAUUAAUACAUCCAGCAAUCACAAGUCCAGAUCGCAGAUCAUUAAGUCAAUGGUUAAGACAUUUAGAGGAAAGAAUAACAGGUACUCCGCCAAUUCAUAGCUUAGAAGAGUACACCAAUGCACCAAACAGAUGGGACAUUACGUGGAACAAAAAUUCUAAACAACAUCAACAGCCUGCUAAAGCUUUGAAUUUGUUUACUGGCAACGGCGGUGGACAAUCGGGUAAUACAUUUAAUGUACAAUUUCCACCUCAAAUUACCCGACAACGACGAUCUAACAGCUUAACACCACCAGUUGCACCGCCUCAUCAUUUAGAAGUCGCUGAACGCGCUAAUAAUACUAAUAACAGCACCAGACACAAACCACGAAGCUUCAGUGUUUCUGGUGAUAACUCCAGCAGUCUUAUUGGAUUAGGGCCUCUAAGUCCUCAAAGUUCGUGCACCAGCAGUGGCAGUGAAGGACGCUUGGACGAAGCCUCAAGUCGUCCACUGAGUAGUGGCAUGCGAGAUGUACCAAGAUGGUUGAAAACACUCCGCUUACACAAAUACAGCUAUCUUUUCACAACAAUGAGUUAUGAGGAGAUGUUACAACUGACAGAAGAUCAAUUGGCUGAGCAAGGUGUUACCAAAGGUGCACGUCAUAAAUUAGCAUUGUCAAUUAGCAAAUUGCAACAGCGUUACUCGACUCUUGUUAAUUUAGAAAAAGAAUUAUUGACACCAAUUGAUACCCUUGACCCUUUUGGUGAUGGACCAACUCUUUUGCUCAUUUCUACUCUUGAUGAACUUAAUACUAUUCUUAUGACACCGUUGAAGCCCAGUCAGGAAGAUGAUCCACAGGAUAUUCCUGCACAAUUUACUAAAGUUAUCGGCAAAUUAUGUAGCAGAUUGGUGUUGGACAUGAUCGAUGAACACAUUCUUGUCGGUUGCAUUAAUAUUCUAGAAAAAGUUCUUCAGCAUGAUUGUUUCACUCCAAAUCAGAAAGAGAAGGUACAGCAGUGGCGUAGUAGAUUAGGAAAUCCACGACCUACACCAAAGUGGGUUUAUGGAAAUUACAGCAAUAGACGAUUUUAUAUAAAUCCUCACACUAAAAAACCCAGUAUCUACAGAGGUCCUGCUCAUGAUAAUCAUUUGCAGAAUAAUAAAUUUAUGACUUCACACAGAAAUAGCAUUUCAACACCGUACUUACAAAAUAACCAUAAUCAUGGAAUUAAUUCUAACAUUUUACGAACAACUCAUGUUGCUGAAAAAAGACCGAGUUUACAAGAAAAUAGUUUAGAGCAAUUACAAAAAACUCUACAGCGUACAUUCAGUGCACCGCGCGAUCACUUUCACAGUCAAAAUAACACACCAUUAGAAACGACCGAGCCAGAAAUAAAUUCAAGACUUGAAUCACUUUGUCUACGUAUGACUGAGCAAGCUAUCGGCGGUUUUGGUGAGGUUUAAAUUAUCUUUAUCAACUACUUUUUUUUUAUA